AUGUCGGUUAUUGAAUUGAAUAAAAAAUAUCCCUUGGUUCUUGAAGAAAAGAACACUUUCUUUGAGGAAUGGAAACGGUGGUGUCGGCUCUGUGCAAAAGCUGAAGUGCAAUGUAUUAAUGCUUUAACAGGACACUAUACACAAUCCACAAUCGCAAGUGAUAAUUACAACUCGUUAAACAUACUUGCUGCUAUAGAUGAAUAUUUUCACGUUCAGAUUAAGGAAGAUGAGAAGCUCUCACCUUUUGUUUGCACUGAGUGUUUCGAUGUGGUAAUAUCAUUUGUUAAAUUUAAUGAUAACAUUAAAAAGGUUCAGCAAUUGUACCAUGAGUUGUUGCAUAGCGAUGAUAAAACCAAAAUCAAUUUACCAGUUUUAUAUGAUAAGUAUGGUAUAUGUAGAGAAGAGACUAUUUCGACACAAACCAGUAGUAACAAAGUGCCAGUGGAAGAAAUUUUCAUUGCUGAUUCGCCUGUGCCGAAGUGUACUAAUUUAUCAAUUCAAAUAAAACAUGAAAGUUCUGAUGAAUUCCCGGCAGAAGUGUUUAUUAAAGAGUUCGAAAAAAAGGAAGAAUUUCAAGAUCCAUUCGGGGAAGAAGAAGUAUUCACUGCAUUGCAAAACCGCGCUCCUGUAAAUGAAGACGAAAAUAUUAGCAGAAGUGAAGAUUUCAAUAUGCCAAUGGAUACCGAAGAUACUGAUGAAGAAGACGAAGAAUUUUGUACAAUUAAUAAAAUUAAUAAUGACAGCGUAGAGUCGGAAGAUUCUACUGAAAUAACCAAAGGCACGACACAUACUUGUAGUAUUUGUUUAAUGAGUUUUCAUCGUAGAUGUAACUAUUCGGUACACGUAAAGAAAAGGCAUAGCAAACACUUAUGCCGGCAUUGUCCAAGCUUAUUUGAUAGCAAACCAAUUUUAAAGGAACAUAUGAAAGAUCAUCGACAAUUGUUUCCCUGCCCGCACUGUGAUCGAAAGUUCGUAACAAAAGAAUACGUAUCGCAACACAUAAAAUUUAUACAUGAUGACGAACGUCCAUUCAUUUGCGAAACCUGCGGUGAUGCCGUUCGCACGAAAGGACAACUUAAAGAGCACAUGUUGACACACACGGACUAUUCGCCCUUUGAAUGCAAAGAAUGUGGAAAAUGCUUUAAGCAAAAACAACGUUUGAAGAGACACAUGCAAAUACAUGGUGACAAACAUAUUUGUACAGAAUGCGGCAAACAACUGAGCACACGCGCUACUCUAAAUAGUCACCUACUAGUGCAUUCAGAUAAGAUGCCGCACAAAUGCGAUUAUUGUGGACGUCUUUUCAAACGUGCCAAAACGCUGAAAAAUCAUUUAAUUGCACAUACUGGCCUUAGACCGUAUUCAUGUGACUUUUGUGACAAAACGUUUUCGACGGGACCAAGUUGUCGUUUUCACAAGAAAACUAUGCAUCCAGUUGAAUUGGCUGCUCUGGAGGCCUCGGGGGUGAAAACAUAUACAAAAAAUAUACCAAAUUUAGAUGUAUUAAAGGCCGUAUCGCGAACUGCAGAAAACCUUACACCUUUGGCAUCCAAACAAAAUGGUUAUGCUACAUUUGACAGAAAAAAAGAACCGCCAAAAGAGGAUGUAGAAUCCAAACCGAACGAAACAAUUAUGGCAGUUGAUACAUAA